AUGGAGUUUGCAUCAAGGUCUGAAUUUUCAAUUUGGACCAAAACACUUUUGUUUGCCAUGAUUAACGUUUUGGCUUUCUUUGGGAAUCUUCUCACUUGUUAUGUCGUGUACAGAAACCGAAGGCUCCGCACGAUUCCCAACAUGUUCGUAAUAGCACUGGCUGUGAGCGAUAUUCUGAUUUCCUCGUGCUGCAUGCCUUUUACUGUUGCAACUCUUUUCCACGGUCGAUGGAUCUUUGGUGAAACGUUUUGUCGAAUUAAUGGUUUCGCAGUUCUCACGUUUGCGGUGGCCUCAAUUCAUUGCAUGGGAGUCAUUGCAAUCAGCCGAUAUUUCUGCGUUGUAAAACCAGAAAGGUACUUGGUGUUGUUUAAGAAGGAAAAAAUUUGUCUGUACAUUGCUUGUGCGUGGUUCGCAGCUCUCGUUGGAUCUGUGCCUCCCCUUUUCUUUGAGAGAGGUGGAUUUGAAUUCAAGCUGGGGAAAGGGAUGUGUUUGUACACUUUCGAAAGCGACAUUGGUUAUACAUUGUUUUUAGGAUUUGUUAGCAUCACAGCCCCCUUAACACUCAUAACCAUCUGCUAUGCAAAGGUGUUCCGUGCAGUUUCAAGAUCAAAUCGUGUUUUCUCGGAAGAAAGCGAUUUUCCCCGCUUGCGAGCGAAUGUUGAAGAAGCCAAAGUGACCAAGACUUUAUUAGCAGUUCUGGUCGGUUUUGUGUCUUGCUGGCUGCCAAUUUUUGUAAUUGACACCACUGAUGCCAUGCGUGGGGACGACACCUGGCCGCGGGGGGUGUACAUUUCUUACGCGUUCCUGCUUUACACGAGUAGCACCAUCAACCCAGUUAUAUAUGGCGUCAUGAAUAAGCAAUUGGGGCGAGAAUACAAGGAUAUCUUUAGCAAGAUUCUUCGUUUCCGGCACCAAAAUAUUAUGGAGACUGAGACUGAGACUGAAGCAAGAUUUACCGCUCGACGAGAAGGCUGGUCUACUUGAAUAUUCAGAAACAAUGAGGCACUUAACAGAGGAGAAAGAUAAAAGCUAGUCGUUAACGAGAGGAAAAGCCUUGUGUCUUUGUGGUGACACAAUGCGUUAACGCUCUCUGAUCAUUAAGUUUCGAUCUGUUUCAAGAAUAACACAAGAAAUAUUAUUUUAACAACCCUCUUCUGGCUUUCUUUACUAACGCACAACUGAUGUUCUCAUCAGCUGAGAUCACAAGUGGCUCAUGAUGAAGUAUUUACUGAAGCUCAAUAACAUUCUUAACAAACUUCACCACCUGAUGGCUUGCAUUUUAUGUUUUCCUCGUUUGGGUUUACCGACCUACUCAGGGCUAUGAUCAAUCGCUUUUUCAAAUAUUUAAUUUUAUGGUAGAACCAAGAAAAAAAAUACAAGAUCUUUUAUUUAUCGGCGGUAAAGAUUCCGUUUUCCACCGGCUUGAGAGAUUGACAUGUACUUACCCUACUUUCUUUGCGUAUUUGAAUGAAGUCUGGCCACUGAACCACUCUAGUUGUAAUUAUCUCUCGUAAGACAGAUGGAUGGCUAGCUAAA